GAUACACGAGCAACUUAAGCCACUGAAUUAUUAUCAUGCAAUAGCAGGCUGGCCUGAAGCCUGAAAAUCUAUCUUCUUCUUCUUCGUCGUCGUCUUCUUGUUCUUCUUGUUGGAUUUGAGUAAUGGAGAAAACCAGGUGUAUGUUGCCUCUUUGUGAAAAGAUUUACGAGAAGAACACGAUAAAAAGAUGUGUGGAUCUGACUCUCCUCCUUCUUCUUCUUUCUCUCCUUCUCUAUCGUCUUCAAAACAUAAAAAACCAUGGAGUUGCUUGGCUUCUUGCUUUUCUCUGUGAGUCAUACUUCACCUUCCUCUGGUUUCUCACAACCACCAUCAAAUGGACUCCUGCUCAUCAUAAAACUUACUUGCAGAACCUUGACCAAAGGGUGGGAGAAUUUCCAGGAGUGGACAUGUUUGUAACAACGGCAGACCCAGAGCUGGAACCACCAAUAAUCACUAUAAACACCGUGCUGUCUUUAGUGGCGGUGAAUUAUCCAGCAAACAAGCUUUGUUUGUAUGUGUCUGAUGAUGGCUGCUCACCUCUCAUCUAUUAUUCUCUCAUCCAAACAAUCCCUUUUGCAAAGCUUUGGAUUCCUUUUUGCAAGAAGUAUAAUCUUCAAGUCAGAGCUCCCUUUAAGCAUUUUUCCACCUCUAACUCUCCAUGUUUAUCCCAACCAUUUAGUGCUCAUCAAGCAGACCAGUUUCAACAAGAAUGGGAGAGAAUGAAGAUGGAAUAUGAGCAGCUUUGUUGGAAAUUAGAAGCUGCAGCUGAGAAGGGUUUUCCACCUGAUUUUGAUGAAGACUUGGCUAUUUUCUCUGGCAUUCAACGUCAAAACCAUCCCACUAUAGUUAAGGUGAUAUGGGAAAACAAGGAAGGUGUAGUUGAUGGGUUGCCACAUUUAAUUUACAUAUCUCGUGAAAAGCGACCAAAUCAUCCACACAACUACAAAGCAGGCGCCAUGAAUGUAUUGACAAGAGUAUCCGGGUUGAUGACAAAUGCACCAUUUAUGUUGAACGUAGACUGCGACAUGUUUGUCAAUAAUCCAGAGAUUGUUCGUCUUGCGAUGUGUUUAUUGCUUGGUUCGACUUCUGAGAUCGAUUGUGCAUUUGUUCAAAGUCCACAGUUGUUCCAUGAUAGUCCAGAAAAUGAAUUACUUGUUAUGCAGAAAGCUUUCAUGCCGGGAUUAGAAGGAAGUCAAGGACCUGUCUACCAGGGGUCAGGAUGCUUCCAUAGACGAAAAGUCAUAUAUGGUUUAUGGCCAGAUGAUGUCCAAAUUGGAGGAGAAAAUUCUCUCUCGUCUCCAAUAAAUGAGAAGUUGGGGGAAGAUAGACUAAGCAACGAAUUUGGAGAGUCAAAGGAGUUUGUGAAGUCAGUGGUGGAGGCUUUGAAAGGGAAGACAAAUUGUUCCAACAAUCUUUUGAAUUUUCUCGAGGAAGCACAUCGACUUGGAGACAGUACCUAUGAAUAUGGUACUGGCUGGGGUAAAAAUUUUGGUUGGAUUUAUGGAUCUAUUACAGAAGAUGUGAACACAGGAUUGAAGAUUCAUGAAAAAGGUUGGAAAAGUAUUUAUUUAUGCCCAGAGCCACCAGCAUUUCUAGGUUGUGCUCCCAAGGAUGUACCAAGGGCAAUGAGCCAACAAAAAAGGUGGAUAACGGGAUUGCUUGAAAUCCUAGCUAGUAAAAACAAUCCCAUACUUGGAGUUGUCAAUAAAAAGCUCCAUGUCAGGCAAUGCUUAACUUAUCUAUGGCUACUUUCGUGGGGUUUACGUUCUAUUUUUGAACUCUCCUAUGUUUUUCUCCCUGCAUUUUGUCUCAUUAUCAACUCCAAUUUCUUACCCAAGGUGGAUGAUAUAGCAAUGUGCAUUCCUGUCUCGAUUUUGGUGAUUUAUAUUUUAUAUACUAUAUCAGAAUAUUUAAAUUUGGGGAUGUCAAUUCGAUGUUGGUUAAUUAACCAGAACAUGUCAAGAAUAAUAAAAACAAGUGCAUGGUUAUUUGGGAUAUAUGAUGUUGUACUUAAGCUUUUAGGGGUGUCUAACACAAUCUUUGUAGUUACAAAAAAGGACAUAUCGUCCAUUUCAAGUAUUGAAGACUCUGAUGCAACUAAGUUCACGUUCGAUGAAUCUAUAUAUUUCGUUCCAGGAACAACUAUUUUACUGGUACACCUCAUGGCGUUGUCUACACAACUACUAAGGUUGGGAGGAGUAAUAGGUGAUGAUGGGAAUGGCUCGGGGGUAGGAGAGGUUAUAUGUAGUUUAUGGGUGGUGCAAACUUUUUGGCCUUUCUUGAAUGGGUUUUUUGAAAAAGGAAAGUAUGGGAUUCCUUCAUCCACUAUAUGUAAGUCUAUUGCUUUGACAUCUUUCUUCUUUUAUUUGUCCAAGAAAUGUAUCUAAUUUAUAUGUGAUCACAACUACUUUUGUCUA